UGAGACUGAAUUUAUAAUUCUUCAAUCAUAAAAAAAAGUCUAUUUUUAAAAGGAUUUCACUUAAAUCCUUUAAUUAUUAUUUUUAUAUUAAAAACAAUUGUUUAAAAAAAAACAGAUGAGGAUCAUACCAAUGAUUUCUUUAAACAUUUGUUACACAAAUACUUGAAGAGUAUACAGCAGUCUGAUUGGCUAGUGCCUUUACUUAUUGGGCUCUUAUUUAAGAGACAAAAACAUCCUAAAGGUGUAACACCAUCGCUGAACACAAUAAAUGGGCUUCACAGGAGAUCAUCAGUAUAGAAAUGAAGGCAACAAUCGCUUUUUUUGUUGUUUUAAAUCUCCUUGGACUUAACACCAGUAUCAGAAAACACUUUUUUGUGACUGAACAAAUGACCUGGAUAGAUGCACAGACGUACUGCAGAAAAUACCACAGUGACCUGUCCACCGUGACCAAAGAAGAAGCACAGCUGCUCUCCAGUAAUACAGAUGCUACAUAUUCAUUUAGCUGGAUUGGGCUUUAUGAAGAUCCAGACCGUGCAGAUGAAUGGAUAUGGUCUGGAGGUCAGGUGGAAGAAGUGGACAACUGGGAUACAGACCAACCAGACGAUAGCUCUGAGAAUUGUAUUUCGCUAAAACAAUUUACUUCUAAGCUGCACGAUACUCUUUGCUCUGAUAUGCUGUCUUUUUAUUGUAUGGAUGCCGUUGAGUCAGUUUUGGUGAGUCAGAAUAAGGCGUGGGAUGAAGCCCUGGACUAUUGCAGACAGCAUUACAUUGACCUGGUGAGUUUAAGCUCAGAGAUGAUUGAGGCAGAGGUUAUAAAUGUCACAGGAAAAUCCCAGACAGAUUUUGUGUGGACUGGUCUGCGCUUCAUGGCUGGUCAUUGGUUUUGGGUCAGUGGUGAAGAUCUUCAAUAUAAAGCCUGGUCUGUGGAGGGGGAACCCAAGUGUCCUGCUGGAAAUCUGCGCUGCGGAGCUCUGGAUAGAAAUAAGAAGGUUUGGAAAGCCAUAGACUGUGAAAAGAGACUUAAUUUUGUCUGCAUCAGGAAGCCCGAAAAGUGAUAUAUAUUUAUUUUUUUUUAAAUAUUCAUAACUCUUAUGAGUAUGAAUAAUUUCAGUCUUGACUGUAUAUACAAAUCUAACAAAUAACUGUUGUCAUUGAAAACACGUUUUAUUUUUU